AUGGACAGAGAAACCUCGGACGUCGAUCUCUUGAGCCUGUCUCAAAGAGAAGACGAGCCACUUCGCGAGUUCAUGAACAGAUUCAAGGUAGUAAUGGCAAGAGUCACCGGGAUCAACGACAAAGUGGCGAUCGAUGCUCUGAAGAGAACUCUCUGGUACCGGUCGAAAUUCCGGCAAUGGGUAUCCCUUGAAAAACCGAGAACGAUUCAGGAUGCUCUUCAUAAAGGAACAGACUUUAUCGGAGAAGAUAUUCAGGGCGAGCACAACUACACUAUCAAUUCCGAACAAGGGAAGACCUCCGGAAACACCUGGUCCAGGAACCAGUAUAAGGAUAACUCCUACUGCGAGUUCCACCAGACCAAAGGUCAUUCCACUACGAACUGCAAAGUUCUCGGCGCAAGGCUAGCCGCAAAACUCCUCGCUGGCGACCUAUUGAAGGUCACUAGCAUAAAAGACCUCAUCCUGGAUUCCGACUUCCCUCCCAGGACUGAUAAAGAGUCUCCCAAGAGGGACGCACGCGCAAAUCAGUCUGGCGAAAAACGCGGAAGAAGGCAAGAUGACCUUGGAGACAAUAGUACCCGCCGGAGGAUAAACAUGAUCAUUGGAGAAUCGCAAUUCUACCGCGACUCUGUUUCAUCCAUCAAGGCCAACGGAAGAAAGGCAGAAACAAGUUCUAACUGGACGACUCGGUCCCUGACCGACAACGCUCCAAACGAUACGAUUGUUUUCGAGGAGGAGGAAACCGUCGGACUCGAUAAACCUCACUGCGACCCGCUGGUCAUCGACUUGGUGAUUCGAGACCUCGAAGUGGGAAGAAUCCUCAUUGACACAGGCAGCACGGUCAAUGUCAUUUUUUCGCGACACUCUCCGAAGAAUGAACAUCGAACUGGGGGAAAUCAUCCUGGAACCAAAACCACUGACCGGUUUUUCGGGCACAACAUCAAUGACCCACAAUCGAUCAAACUUCCGGUUAUGGCAAGGGAAGUCACAAAAAUCGUUGACUUCGCCGUAGUCGAUAACCCAGCCAUCUAUAAUAAACAAUCUAGGUUCUGCUUUUUUGCCGAGCAUAAGCUACGACAAACUCGGAACACCCCUGCGGUUAGCCCGAAGCGAGUCAAGAAAACUCAGAGUACUCCCGAAGGUUCCACAAAGAGCAAUUUGGAAUCACUCGCCCAGGCAACGGUUCCGGGCACCGACGCGAUACCGGAGUCCAUCGCCCUACCAGCGGAAAACCCGACUCACGAAAUGGCCGCCGAUUUAACUAAAGCCUCAACGGCCGAAGUAACAGAAACGGCUCUAUCCAACGAGUAG